AAGAAGAAAGAUGUCUGCGCCCUAUCUUUACCCUUAUGUAUGCAUAGCAGCAUUUUCUAGUUGUCUUUAAGAAGAUCGCUGUUAUUUAAAGGGUUUUGUUGUGGUUUUAUCUCAGAGGAUGGGUGAGCAGGGGAACGGACCGGGGCUCUCCCGGGCAGUGAUCGCUGAAAUGUUGAUAAAAAACUUUGAGAAGCUGCCUGACAUCGAUCAGAAGCUCUUCAUGUAUGGACCCUUGUAUCUGGGGGGAAACGCCGGCCUGGCGGGGCUGAUCGCCAACAGUCUGUACCGGAGGACUCUGAACGUCCAAGCGGCUCGCUUUGCCUCCAACCUGCCGAUGGCCGUGCUGCCCUUCCUCACCACCUGCGCUCUCUACAACGCUGCGGUGUCUCAGCCCCUCCUCACCGGGGAGCUCAACUGCCCCACCUGCUCCCUGCUCAGAGGCGCGCUGGUCGGGGUGGUCGGUGGGGGCCUGUACCCGAUGCUCCUGGCUUUACCGCUCAACUUCGGCCUUGCAUCCAGAUACAGCACCGCUCCGCUGCCAGAGAAGGGCGCCAUGCUGCGCUACUGUGUGGACAUCUCCAGACCCGUCUUUAAUAAGAUGAGGGCAGUUUUUCUUCUGCAGGCUUUCUUCGGCACCUACCUGGGCUCCAGGCAUUUCCAGAGUUACACCACGCUGGCUCACAUCACCUUCGGCAAGAGCGAAGAUCUGCAAGAUUAAAAUAAAAUGCACUGAGAAAAACCUCCUUAUUUUAUACUGAUGCCAAUCUGAUGUAACUUUGGUUGAUUACUGGAGAAUAAAAGGACAUCUGGACUAAUAUUUGUUGUCAUUA